AUGGAUCUACGUGAAGAGUUACCAUCUGCUAUACUCGUAGUAGAGGCCGCGCACAAUGCCGAUGCGCUGGAUAUACUCGCAGUCGGCACCUCAGACGCUGUCUACGUGAUCCAAGCUACACCCAACCACCUCAACCGUCUCGCCACAUUCCACCUCGGCGCACAAGUCUGCGCCAUCGCCUUCUCACCCCGCACUGUCUCGCCUUCUGUAUCCUCCGAACCUAUACUUGAGCUCGUAUGCGCCACAAGCGACUUUGGGCUGCACGUCCUGUCUAAAGAAGGCUCUGAAGAGUCGAUUUUCGACUUUGGGGGUGGAUUGACGGGUCACCAUGCGGCUAUAUCUGCUUUGACUUUCUGUGGAGGUGCUGGAAGCUAUGUUGCGAGUGCGAGCGCGGAUCAUAUGCUUAUUAUCUGGGAUCUGAGUCCGCAACUGGAUAUACCGUCUACGUUCUCUACCUCGCCUUCGCCCGGCCCAAUGCGUAAACAGCCUACAGCCUACCCCAUACCCUUCCCACACCCCCUCACAUCUCUCUCAGCACACCCCCGCUCAGACAAAGACCUCCUAAUAUCCGACGCCCGCGGGACCCUCUACCUCCUCGACUGGCGCUCCGAACGCGGCGCAACCGACACCAUCCUCUCCCGCCGCGCCACCCUCUCCCUAACACACCCCCGCGCCCUCGCGUCCCCCGACGCCCACUCCGCCGGCGGCAGCGCAGCCUGGGCGCGCGACAACAUGGACCUCAUUACCGCGGCGUAUGGCGGGAGCUUUGCGGUGUGGGAUGUGAGGGAGCUGAAGGGCGGAAGACCGGUCUGGGUGGGCGAGGGGUGUAAAGGCGGUGUGAGGAGGAUCCGGUUCGCGAGUGGCGCGAUACCAUUCAUCGCACUCGUACCGCUGCGUACACCCGCGGAGCUGCAUAUACAUAGCGCUGCGUUCCCCGGCGCUGCACCUGCUGUGCUCACGCUCGGACGCGCGCCUUUACGGGUGGCAGACUUUGAUUUUGUCGAUGAGAUGCGCGCGGAUGCAGAUAUGGCAGAUGGUGAAGAGAGGAGAAGUGUGGAUGUUGCGAGUGGGCGCGGCCCGAGGGUUGCUGCGGCUGUCGGGAGGAGUCUGCUUGUAUUUUGGGUGGGAGAGGAGUGA